AUUUGCCAAACUCUUGAAAUACUAAUUUUAAAUAAACCACGACGAUGUGAAAAUACGUGUCUGCUGUAGUUCUGCUCGGACGAGGUGGAUCUAGUUUUUUUAAGAGCCUAGGGGGAGGAGGGUCUGUGCUUCGGUGCCACUUAUCAUUAGAUAUGGCCACCGUUAUAGAGUACGCCGAAGCGUCAUCCUCAACUUAAUUUUAUGAUUUUUCUCAUAUAUUUUUCAGCUCACAUCGUUCGGCGGACACACUGUUAUUUUGGGCAAGCUAAUGUUUGUUUCUACACGUUUUUGGAGCCGGUUGUUACUGCGUGGCAGGCUGGUUGCGAGAGUCUCCUAACUGGCCGCUUCUGCUUGUCGCAGCUGAAGAAAAUAGAACCAGUUGCCAAGCCAGCGGUCGGAACCGAACGUUUACUUCUCCUCGUCGUUACACGUUCCUCAAGAAUUUGAAGUUUUAUUCACCGAUUGGUUGCUCUUCUUUUUUGACAGCCACAUGUGUUUUGGCUCUUGUUUGUUUUCAUGUUAAUGAUCAAAUUUUUGGGUGGCUAACAUCAACUAGCUGUGUUACCCGAACUCGACAGCUGUCAUUGGAGAAAAAGGAAAGUGAUCUCCGCAAAUGCCAGUGAAGCGGUUUUCUUUUGGAUUUACAUCAACGGCUUUUCCAUCAAAUGGGCAAAGUUGGGAAUAUCAUUGCAACGCUGGGAUAUAAUGAUAUGCGCUGUGCAUUUUUGAGAACUGCGGUCUUGUUUCAUUGGAGAGAAGCUAGCUGCUAGCUGGCUGGUUGAUAAAACGUUUCAUCCCCCCAUUAUUUUGGGACAUGAAGAGGACAAUUCGCUGUCCAUAGGGCUGGGAAGAAUGUCAUCAGAGGAUAAGACUGUGGAAACCUCUGACCAGGGACCCGCACCGCCAUCCAGCAGCGGAGGGACCACGUCCACAGGAAGUCCUGCCCUCGCAGACAAGCGACCCCGCGGCAGGCCACGCAAGGAUGCUGCUGCCAUCCUACCCCAGGCACCACUCUUAUCGAUGUCUAAAAACAAAAAGAAGGGUCGCACCAGAGGGAGGGUUGUUGUGGAUGAGGAGGACAGUAUGGACAGUACUGAGAUAACAGAGUCCACGGAUCCUCAGGAUGCAGAAACACAGAUCCAGCAGGAGGAGACUGUGGAAGUGGUGACCACUGAGGUGCCAGAGGAGGACAAGCCCUCUUCCCCUCUGGCCCAGAGCCCUCCAGCAGAUAGUUCAGCAGGACCAUCAGUCCCAGCAAGUAGAGAAAUCAAAAGCAGUGUCUGUGCCUUCUGUUACUGCGGUGGUUAUAGCCUUCUGGGUCAGGGGGAUCUGCAAGUGUUCAGCUCCACAUCUCAGCAUGAAACACUCGUCAGCCAUAAUGGGGAAGGAGGCUUGACAAGCGAUGGCACCGAUGGUGACGAAGCGGCUCAGCCUGGAGAAACCACCUCAGGACAGAAGCAUGGGUCUGAAACCUGCCAUGAAGAACCAGACCCUGCCAGUCGAUUCUGGGAUGAGCUUUCUCACGUCGGCCUUCCACAACACCUUAAAGUCUGGUCUCUCUUCGAGUCGGGGCAAUGUUGGGCACAUCAGAGUUGUGCCAUGUGGUCUGAUGGUGUUUGUGAGGGCGAGGGACAAUCUCUGCUUAAUGUGGACAGAGCCAUUGACUCAGGGAGCACAAAGCACUGUGCAUACUGUAAGCGCCUUGGAGCAUCCAUUAAGUGCUGUGCUGAAGGAUGUGCCCAACUAUACCAUUACCCCUGUGCAGGGGCUGCCGGGACCUUUCAGGAUUUCAGGAGUCUCUCACUCCUCUGCCCAGAACACAUUGAAUUGGCAAUUCAAAAAUUUGUAGAUGAAGUAAAUUGCGUGCUAUGCGACAGCCCAGGGGACCUGCUGGACCAGCUCUUCUGCACCAGUUGUGGUCUGCAUUACCACGGGAUGUGCCUGGACAUGGCUGUGACCCCUCUGAGAAGGGCAGGUUGGCAGUGCCCCGAGUGCAAAGUCUGCCAGACAUGCAAGAAUCCAGGAGAGGACACUAAAAUGCUGGUGUGUGACAUGUGUGACAAAGGCUACCAUACCUUCUGCCUGCAACCUCCUAUGGACUCUCUCCCCAUCAACGGGUGGAGAUGUAAGAACUGCAGAGUUUGCAUCCAGUGUGGAACACGAGCCAGUGGGCAGUGGCACCACACCAGCCUGCUGUGUGAGAACUGUGUCCAAAACCAGGACCCUGCUCUCUGCUGUCCCAUGUGCUCUUGCAUAUUAGACCCUGAGCAUCAAAAAGACUUAAUGUUCUGCCAGACUUGUAAGAGGUGGCUACAUCUAGAAUGUGAGCGUCAGAACUCAGGCCAAGGAGAAAUCCACCCCAAGGAGGACUAUGUUUGCUCCAACUGCAGGUCUCCUUCUGCAGAGCGGGCGCUUCAGGCCGAGGAUAUGGACAUCGUCCCAGAGCUCAGCCCUGAACCAGCCUCCAUGCACAUAGACUCUGAGACUGGCCUACAGCUGGCUCAAAAGCACACAGACCUAGAAGCUGGCACUCAGCUGUCCUCUGAAAUGCACAAUGACCCCAAACCGGAAUUACAUGUUGUUCCAUUGCACUCAGAUCCAGAGCCUGUUCAGGUUGCCGUCCAGGAGGAGAAGUUAGCCACAUUGGACCAGAGUACUGAAGCCUCGGGAGAAGCAGAUGUUGUUGAUACACAGGUUACUGAACCUUCGAUCAACAAAAUUCCAACAGAAUUCAAUCCAGACUCAAAACCAGCAGCCGGAGUCCAGCUCACUUCUACAGAAAGGCCCGCAUCUUCAUCCACUCCAAGCCAGGAAUCUAUUCCAGCCCAACAGUCUACAAAGCCACUACAGACACAGGAUAUCACAUUGCAGCCCAAACCAGCAAAUACAGCGACCUGCCCUGAACAGGGGGUGGUCAACCCCAGCACAAAGGAUUUUAAGCCCAUCAUCUCAACUACCAAAGAACCGAAUACUACAUCAGUACCUUUCAAUGAACAACCAAUGGAAGUCACGCUAUACCAGCCUUCAAGUUUGGAUGUAGUCAGGGCUUCUUUCCUGGAAACUGCUCCAAAAGACCCAAACAAGGACCGAAACGAGGGUACGUUUCACAUGAACCUGGCAGAGACUGUUAAGCCUUUGGCUUCUUCUACAUCACAGGAUGUGAGCUCUACACUGGACAGCAAGACUUUAAUGUCAUAUUCCGGCUUGUCCUCAGAGGGGAAGCCCUUCAAAACAGCAGUGGAGAGAUUAGUGGAAAUGGUUUCUUCUCCUUCGCACACUUCUCUGGCCAGAGGGCCGCCUCUCAGAGAACCACCGCAGACCCACAUCCUACCUACACUGAGUGACCACAGCAGUACAAUUCCAACAACAACCCUGGUACAAUUUACACCCAAGAUUGGCAUGGGAAAACCCGCCAUUACCAAGAGGAAGUUUUCUCCUGGAAGGCCACGAGUGAAACAGGGUGCAUGGAGCCCCCAUAGCAGAGUGAGCUCACCCUUGUCCUGGUCACCAGACCAGCCAGAGGGGUGGGACCCAAGGAGCAGGCAGUCCUCUGGCAGCCCAGGGUGGAGCAUCCGAGUGGGUCGAGGCUCAGGCUUCCCUGGUAGGAGGAGGCCCAGAGGGGCCGGUCUGUCAGGUAGAGCUGGGCGAGGCAGGGCCAGAGGGAAGAACGGAGUCAGCCCCAGCAUCAACCCUGGGAUCACUACAGUAGAAAUACAAUACCCUCUCAAGGAGGAAGAGGAGAGUGCCAUGCAUAACACAGUUGUCAUUUUCUCCAGCAAUGACAGUUUCACACUCAAACAGGACAUGUGUGUAGUGUGUGGGAGUUUUGGUCUUGGUGCAGAGGGCCGUCUUUUGGCCUGUGUUCAGUGCGGCCAGUGCUACCACCCGUUCUGUGUUGGCAUAAAGAUCACUAAAGCAGUGCUCAGUAAAGGCUGGCGCUGCCUGGAGUGUACCGUGUGUGAAGCUUGUGGCCAAGCCACAGAUCCCGGUCGCUUGCUGCUGUGUGAUGACUGUGACAUCAGCUAUCACACCUACUGCCUGGACCCUCCGCUGCAGAACGUCCCCAAGGAGAGCUGGAAGUGCAAGUGGUGUGUGGCCUGUACCCAGUGUGGUUCAACCACUCCAGGACUAAGGUGUGACUGGCAGAAUAAUUAUACCCAGUGUGCACCCUGUGCCAGCCUUACAACAUGCGCAGCCUGUCUGAUGGACUACAGCGAAGGCACCAUCAUCGUGCAGUGCCGCCAGUGUGACAGAUGGUUUCAUGCCUCUUGUCAGAAUCUUCACUCUGAGGAAGACGUAGAAAAAGCUGCAGAGAGCAACUUCGACUGCACAAUGUGCCGCAAUUUCAAAACCACUAAAGUUCUAACCAAGAUUAGAGACACCACUGAGCCACUAAUUGUGUCACAGGCUGCUUCAAGAGCUAAAGAAAUAGAUCUGUCAAGAACCUACACCCAGGAUGGUGUUUGCCUGACGGAGUCAGGACUUUGCCAGCUUCAGAGUUUGUCUGCUGCAGCAUCACGGCGACGAAAACCCAAACCAAAAUUAAAACUGAAGAUUAUUAACCAGAACAGUGUGGCAGUGCUUCAGACCCCCAUGGACCCACUUUCAGAACUCUCUCGAGAUGAAGACAUGGAGGAGAACAGAGAGGCGGAGCUCCUUGAUUGUGAGACCAAGUCUGACUCCAGCCUGGAGCGAGAGCCAGUGGAGGAUGAAUCCAAGGGGGCCGACGGCAUCAAGAAGAGGAAGAGGAAACCGUACCGGCCGGGCAUUGGGGGGUUCAUGGUCCGCCAGAGGAGCCGUCCAGGUCAAGGUCCAGGCAAAGCUAAGCGGGCCCUCUGCAGGAAAGACUCCUCUGGCUCUGUGUCUGAAAACCCCGUUGGAAAAGAUGAUGGUUGGACAGAAGCUCUGCCGGAUACUCCCGUGGAUGAGACGCCCACCGGACUGGAGGUCCCGGAGAAGAUAAAGAAACGUUAUCGAAAGAAGAAAACCAAACUGGAAGAGGCUUUUCCCACCUACCUACAGGAGGCUUUCUUUGGAAAGGACUUACUGGACAAGAGCAAGCACAGUAGGCAUCAAGCGGUUGAGUCGGGGUUGCUGGAGGAUGGGCAGAACCACGUAGAGAGGAAGCACCCCGUUACCGGCUUCCUGGACACGAAGUCAAGCCCGCUGCUCAGUGCAUCAUCAUCCAUGCCAGCAAGAGCAGCAGCAGCACCACAGCCAGCUGAGGAUCCAUUAGUUGAUCUGUCUGAUGUUUUGAACUCUGGUGCAGACAUCUUGGGAGCGCUCGGAAAGCCAAGCGGUGACUCUGGUCUUGAUUUUUGCCACUUCAGGGUUGACAGCUCACCUCCUCCUUUUGCUGGUCUGGAGAUCCGAUCCCUGACAGACAGCUCCUCAGUAGCCCCUCCGACUGGACGGAGGACGCCUCGAACCAUUGCAGAUGAACCCCUGGAUGGCAUUCUCAGCCCAGAACUAGACAAGAUGGUCACAGAUGAGUCGAUGCUCAGCAAACUUUACAAAAUUCCAGAGCUGGAGGGCAAGGAUGUGGAGGAUCUCUUCACCGCAGUUCUUAGCCCGAGCAUGAGCCAACCACCUCCACCACAGGUGCCUCACCCCCCGGGUCCAGGGCCCAUCCCUUCGUCACCUGGCACAAGUAUGCCUCAUCCCAAUGCAGGACAUCCGAUGUUCCCGAGGAUGCCAAUGAUAAAUGGUAUCAGGGGUCCAAACCAACGCUUUCCCACUAAUCCCGGACCAGGACCCUGCAUCCCAGAAAAUUUCUCAUCACUCAAUCGUAUGCCUUUCUCUGACAAUCCAAGGGAUAUAAAGUUUAAUCAGAUGCCUAGAGAGGCACUUGGUCCGUGGCCGUCCUCUACCCAUGGCCCUGGCCCUGCACCCCCUGGGUCUUUGCCCGAGGGGGAGACCGAAGCCAUGUCAAAUGCCCAAAGAAGCACACUCAAGUGGGAGAAGGAGGAGACACUAGGAGAGCUUGCCACUGUUGCACCUGUACUAUAUACCAAUAUCAAUUUCCCCAACCUUAAAGAAGAGUACCCAGAUUGGUCCACAAGAGUUAAACAAAUUGCUAAACUCUGGAGGAAAGCUAGUUCACAGGACAGAGCCCCAUAUGUGCAAAAGGCAAGAGAUAACCGAGCAGCCUUGCGCAUCAACAAAGUCCAGAUGUCAAAUGAGACGGUGAAGAGGCAUCAUCCACAGCAACAGCCCCCUGAGGUGUUUGAUCCCAACUUACCACUAGACACAGAACUGCUGUUUAAAGACCCUUUGAAACCAAAAGAGUCAGAGCAUGAACAAGAGUGGAAGUUUAGACAGCAAAUGAGGCAGAAAAGCAAACAACAGGCCAAAAUUGAAGCCACUCAAAAGUUAGAGCAAGUGAAGAAUGAGCAACUGCAGCAGCAGCAACAGCUGACGAGCAGUCAGUUGGAAGGAGACGGCAACAACAGCGGAAACCAGAGUCCAGCCUCCCAACCAAGUAAUGACAGCAUGUCCCCAAUGCAGCAGUUUAACCCUAAAGAAAGUUUUACCAGGCCACAGCUACAAGGUACUCCCACUUCAUGUUCCACAGAGGAUGUGUUCUUAAGACCGCCUCCUCCCCCUCCAUCUGGCCCUUCGUCGCAACCUCAGUCUCCGCAAGUAUUUUCACCAGGUUCCUCUGGAUCCAGACCAUCUUCUCCGUGGGAUCCUUAUGCCAAAAUGGUAGGGACCCCAAGACCACCAACACUUGGACCAAAUUCAUGUCGCAGAAUGUCUGUGGAAUCAGGUAAAUCCCCCACUUCGUUGAUGGAGCAGCAGGACCGAGGAAGGCCAUCUCCAGCGCAUGAAGCAUUUGGUUCUCCUACAUCUGUGUGCAACGACCCUUAUGCCAAACCUCCUGACACACCAAGGCCAACUGGAGAAAUAGACCCUUUUCUGAAGCCCAUGGGUCCCCCCAGGGGCAGCCAGGCAGCACAAGGAAGAUCCCCAAUAGGAUCUCCGGGUAGAGACCCAUACUCAAGACCCAUGAUUAGAAACGAUGCCUAUCAGCGCCUGGCCCAAAACAGGAUGAUUUUGUCCGACCCUUACUCUAGACCUUUAAUAGCACCCAUUCCUGGUAGUAAUGAGUCUGGGUCUGUACCUCUGUUCAAAACUCCUAUGCCUCCUCCUCAGGAUCCUUUCAGCCGACCAGGUCCUCAUCCCGCAGACAGAUUUCCACAAAACCAGGCAAGUGACUCCUAUGCACAGCCCCCACAUCCCGUAAGACCAUCAGGGAAUGACAGCUUUACCAGUCCUCCUAGGAUAAAUCAGCAUCACCCUCAAGGGCACCCAUUUACUCACUCUGGACCAAUGUCUCAGAUGUCUAAAAAUCCCUAUGCGCACGCGCCUUCCACUCCAAGGCCAGACCGUUUUACUUAUGACCCCUUUGCCCCGCCAGUUGGUCCUAACAAGUCAGGUGUUGACCAUUUCUCUCAGCCUACGAUUAACCAGCGUUCCAUCAACAAACAUGGAGCUCAACCUCGACCAUUUUUUGAGCCUUAUGCUCCACCGCCAGGCACUCCACGUCCACAUGACAACUACGGUCAACCAUCAAACUCACCUGGUUCUUCCUCAGACCCCUACUCUCAGGCUCCUUCUACUCCUCGUCCCGGUGGGAUGAACCAGUUUCCUCAUAAGUCCCACCCUGGACAGAGAAUGUCACCUUCCCACUCAAUGGACCCUUAUGGUCAACCACCAGGGACUCCACGUCCCUCAGUUGGAGAGAGGUUCUCCAAGUCCCCGGGUAGCCAGAGGGGGCCAGUGGAGCCAUUCACCAGUACUCCUGGACCAUCACGAACAGGAAGUAAUGACAAUUUUUCCCAGCCAGGGCCCGCUAGACAAAUGCUCAAUGACCCUUAUGCUCAACCUCCAGGGACCCCAAGACCUGGUCCCGAUGGGGGUAACAGACCAAUGCAGAGGCCAGGACCAGGUCAGGAUUCUUUCUCCUCAACGCAAUCCAGGCUUCAAGAGUCAUACUCCCAUCCGGAUUCUCACACACAAAAGCACCCUGGAGUUCUGGAAGAUGGAUUCACCCAGUCACCUACAAGAAGACCCAGUCAGACACCUGUCCACGACCCUUUAGAACAAGCCCCCAUGACCCCUUGUCCACAGUCCACAGAAAAAAUGGAAAUGAAAGAUCAGACAGUUUUAGGUAACAAUGGAAGUGGCCCUCAAGACCCAAACCAAAUGCCCAACAAUCUACAAAUACCUGCUGUGUCAUGUGAAGCCCAGGGUGUUGCUCUCGCCGAGACUGAGGAGAAACUCAGACAGCGGCAAAGAAUUAAAGAGCUAAUCCUCAAACAACAUUUACAGAGGACUGCCAGCCGACAGGAGAGGGGCCCUCAGGAUCCUGCUGGUAACACAGCCCCAGGAACGCCACGACCCUGGCCCCAAGACGGCCCCAGCCAACAGGGCGAAAUGUUCAACAGACCUCCUCCACCUUAUCCCGGACCAGUCCCCAUGAGAGGCCCGAUGAGAUUUCCUGGAUCUUUUCCAGUGGAUCAGCGUGUCUGUUUUUCUAACGAGGGGCAAAUCCACCAGCCCCCACACCCUGGAGAUCCUAAUUUGAGGCAUCAGGGACCACGGUUUGCAUUUACGGCCGGUGUUCCAGGACCUCACGGGCCUCAAGAGUUCUUUCACAGAGGGGAGCACACGAUGCAGAAUGUCCCUCCUCAGAUGAGAUUGCCCCUGACUGCUGAAAUGACAAAAGGCAUGGGAGGAAACCCCAUGGGGCUGCACCACAACUUCCCACCACGCAGCAUGCCGGUGCAGCAACACAACAUAAUGGGCCAGCAUUUUAUCGAGCUGCGACACCGAGCGCCAGAAAACAGGCCGCGCAUGCCGUUUCCACUCGGCAGCAUGCAAGGAAACAAUAUCGACCCUAACCUGCUGGGCCAACGGCCUCCAGACUUUUCUGGACCACCUGAUCCCAGGUUCUCGUUAAAUCAGGGGCUUAAAAUGGUCGACCCUAAUGGUAGCCAGGCCGGCCACUUACACCUCUCUGCUAGCAUGGACAAUCUUCAUCAACAAAGCCAGAUGCCAGGAAUCAGCCCUAUAAAACAAUCUCCAUUGAUGAGAUCUAUGAGCCAACCUGCUUCAAAUGAGAUCCAGAACAUGGCAGCAUCCAUGAUCCUCCCUGCUCCCUCUGUUGUGCAGACCGAGGCCAUCUCAGUGGCAACCAGUGAAGCUAUUGAAGAAAAGCUAGAUGGAGAAGACUCGGCUGUCAAAGACCUUGAAGACGUGGAAGUGAAAGACCUGGUAGAUGCUGACUUGGAAAACCUAAAUUUGGAUCCUGAGGAUGGCAAAGACUUGGAUCUAGAGACCAACGACCUGCACCUUGAUGACUUUCUGAAAUCUGGUAAAUUUGACAUCAUUGCUUACACAGACCCCGACUCAGAUGACAUCAAAAAAGACAUGUUUAAUGAGGAGCUGGAUCUUAGCGAUCCAAUGGAUGAUCACGCUGAAGCUGCAGACCUCAACAGACAUCCAAACACGGUAAGUGAGUAUUCAUCAAGUUCUGCAUCUUUGUCUGCAAACUCGGAAACUUCAGGUGAGCAAAAUUCAGCUGAACUCAAGCCGGACGACCCUGGGAUUCAAAACUCGGAUUCUUUACCACUGAACCAGGAAAUUAAAAAAGAGGUCAAAGACUGUCAGAGGCCACCUGAAGAGGUUGAGGAGCAAGCUUCUGACAAUGCCUCAAACCAGCAGGGGGCGCUCUCUGACUCCACCCCAGUCCUGUCCAGUUUACUCAUUAAGCAGCAGCCCGAGGAGUCAUCAUUAAAUCCAAUCAUCGGACCUGUCAGUCAAGGAGGAAACCUCAUGGCCCAGCAGAACCAAGUUACUGAUACACCACAUACCUCAGUGCUUACAGCGAGCCAAACACUAGGCGAAAACACCAACUCGGGUGAUGUUUCUAUGACUGCCUUUGGAGCCGACCAAGUGGGGCUGACCCCAGGAGUGGACCAGAGUGGUCUGAGCCAAGCCCAGCUGGCAGGGUUGAACCAGGCCGCGGGUCAGCUUAACCAACCGCGUCCUCUUUUGCUGGAGGAGCAGCCACUCCUAAUUCAGGACCUCCUAGACCAGGAGAGACGGGAGCAACAGCAGCAGCGGCAGAUGCAAGCUAUGAUACGACAGCGUUCCAGCGAUGCUUUUUUCUCCAACAUCGAUUUUGAUGCCAUCACUGACCCCAUCAUGAAAGCUAAAAUGGUCGCCUUGAAAGGCAUCAAUAAAGUCAUGGUUCAGAACAACAUGGGAAUGACUUCGAUGGUGAACAGGUUUCCACCUGGUUCCGGACCACCACCCUGUCCUGAAAGCACACCGCUCCCUCCACAAGUUGUUGGAUCGGAUGGAAAAUUAACACAAGUACCAAGGCCAAACCCUCCCAGCUUUGGACCAGGAUUUGUCAAUAAUCCUCAGAGGGCUCAGUAUGAGGAGUGGCUCCAGAAGACUCAGCAGCUACUUCAAAUGCAGCAGAAGUUUCUGGAGGAGCAGAUCGGCGCUCACAGGAAGUCUAAGAAAGCCCUGUCUGCCAAGCAGAGAACGGCUAAGAAGGCAGGCAGAGAGUUCCCUGAGGAGGAUGCUGAGCAGCUCAAACAUGUCACAGAGCAGCAGGGUGUAGUGCAGAAACAACUGGAGCAGAUCCGCAAGCAGCAGAAGGAGCAUGCUGAGCUUAUUGAGGAAUACAGAGUAAAGCAGCAGCAGAACAAUAUGACACCGUUAAUGCCGGGGAUGCACCCAGUAACGGCUACUCCUGGCAUGAUGCCCAGUGGACCACCGAUGGUACAGCCGCCCACGAAUGCCAUGAUGCAGAUUCCGCUUCACCCUGGCCAGCCUAACGCGCCUCCACGUAUGCCCAAUGCCCCUCCAGGCUGGCAUCCUGGGCCUGCCAUGCCUUUGGGUGGACCAGGAAUGUCUCCCAUAAUGCCUCCUCAGGUCCCUGUUGGAAACUCAGCUCAGCCCUUUCAAAUGCCAUUGGGCAACGUCCCUCAGCACUCCCAAAUGCCCGUGGAGCCCCAAGCACCGUCCGCUCCGCCAGGUGCCGUUAAAACCAUGCAGCCAGCUGGUGUGAAGUUCGAUGACAACAACCCGUUCAGCGAAGGUUUCCAGGAGCGUGAGAGAAGGGAGAGGCUGAGAGAGCAGCAGGAGAGACAGCGAGUGCAGCUGAUGCAGGAAGUGGAACGCCAGAAAGCUCUGAAACAUCGGAUGGAAAUGGAGCAGCAGGGAAUGAUGGCACCAGAUGGAAGCAUGGCACCACUCGCCCAGAUGCCCUUUUUUAAUUCGGAGCUGCCGCAGGACUUCAUGCAGCCUCAGAGGACCCCUCUACAACAACCACAACAACUUGGACCAAUGUUCCCCCAGCAGCAAGGCAUGCAGCCUGGUAUGGGCUCACCACCUGGAACAUUCAUUCAGGGUGACAGGAGAGCCAUGAUGGGGAAUGGGAUGAUGCCGCCUGACAUGGGGCCUGGCUUAGGGCCUGAUAAUGUUGCUCUGCAAGGGCCUAACUUUCCCCACGCUCAGCCAAGGCCUCGUCACUUCAGCGGACCAGGAAUGAUGGCUCAGAUGCUCAACGACUGUCCCCCUUUUGGGGUGGAUUCAGCGACUCCUCUACCAUCCAACUUCCCAGGCUCGGGUCAGUCUCUUAUUCAGCUCUACUCCAACAUCAUACCUGACGAGAAAGGAAAAAAGAAGAGAAACCGCAAGAAGAAGAAAGACGAUGAUGCUGAUUCAGUCAAAACACCUUCCACUCCCCACUCGGACCUCACAGCUCCUCUAACACCUUGUGUCUCGGACACCUCCUCAACUCCUACCAGGAGCAACCACCUCUUUGGAGACCAGGACUUGUCCAGAUCUCCUCUUCUGGGAUCUUCCACCCCCAGUCAUUCAGAACUUGAGAGGCAACUUUCUGGUGGACAACCCAUUUCAUCAUUAGAUACAUCAAAAACUCUAGCUCAAGAGCAUGAGAGGAUCCUCAGUAACAUAAAGCUCGAGCAGACCGAGGUUACCGAGUGUCACGGGCCAGGUCACGGUUCAGUCGGCUCUGAAAUGAACUUCGUGAAGGAAGAAGGCAACAAGGGGGGCGUGUCUCCAUUUCCUGAGCAAAGUCCAAACAAAGGGGAGGCUGGAAAUGAGCUCCUGAAACACCUUCUAAAGAAUAAGAGUACACCCCCGCAUGGAUUGUCCCAGCAGAGGUCAGAGGAGAGCCUGCGCGCACAGGAGGAGGAGUCCACAGACUGCAAAGCCUUGCUGCGGCAGAGCUCCAUAGACAGCAAUGGGGCGUACUCGGAUGGAACCGCCGACUUUCCUGGACCUCUGCUCCCAGACCAAGAGAAGAAAAAAGGGAGAAACAAGAGACCACCCAAAGGAGGGGAGAAACCUGCCUCUCGCUACAAGAAGAGAAAGAAGGAAGGAGAUGAGAGGCAGCUGAUCCACUCGGGCACCGACUCUGUUAUGACCCAUAUUAAACAGCAACUCUCCCUGCUGCCCCUCAUGGAGCCGUUGAUCAGUGUAAACUUUGCUCACUUCGCUCCCUACGGCAGCGGCCAGCUCAACGGAGAAAACCUCUUGUCCGGUACUUUCGGCAGCGCCUCAUUAGAUGGAGUCUCAGAUUAUUACUCCCAACUGGCCUACAAGCAGAGUAAUUUAAGCAAUCCUCCAACACCACCGGCAUCUCUCCCCCCCACACCACCACCUGUAAAUCGACAGAAAAUGAUCAACGGAUUUGCGACAACAGAGGAGCUGGCUAGCAAAGCUGCGGCCAUGGUCUCCAAAGGCCUGGUGCCAAAGCCGCUACACGUCCCAUUCAGGGCGGAGGAAGAUCUACUAGCCAGGGCCAUCGCCCAAGGUCCAAAAACAGUAGAUGUUCCUGCUUCUCUUCCAACCCCUCCUCACAACAACCAGGAGGAGCUCAGUAACAGAGGACAGGAGCCUUGCAAGGACAGGGACACUCCCGACAGCUUCGUGCCGUCCUCGUCUCCCGAGAGCGUCGUUGGCAUGGAGAUCAGCCGCUACCCAGACCUCUCUCUGGUGAAGGAGGAGCCGCUGUCCCCAUGUUUGUCUCCUGUCCUCCCCAUGCUUCCUGCUCCUGGGAAAGGAUUGGAGAUCAAACUGCCUGACAUCAAGACUGAGCCUUCGUCCAUGUUCUUUGGCUCCCCGUUUGGCCCCGUGCCAAAUGAUUCCAAACAAGGACUGGUUUCUGUAGCUAUCACUCUCAGACCAGCUGCAGCUGAGAACAUCACAGGUGUAGUGGCAGCCAUUUCAGACCUGCUGUGUGUGAAGAUCCCCAGCAGCUAUGAAGUCAGCAGCACCCCAGACCGGCCCCCUCUGUCUAUGGGUCCAAGAGUGGGUCCUAAUGGUAUGGAGCCCCGGCCCCCCAUGCUCUUCCCUAGACAAGGAGAGACCGCAGGGCUUCACGGACAGAUGAUCCGACCCGGUGGACCGCAGGGACUCUUGCACCAGCAGGGACCUCAUUUCCAUUUCCAAUCCAACAGCCCAGUUGUAGCUCGAGGACCGAACUAUAAGACCCCAGCCAGCCCUGGAAGUAAACCUCUGUGGUGCUGCCAUUGUAAAGUGGUGGUUCUGGGAAAUGGAGUUCAGAAAGCCAUCAGAGACCUCCCAGCUCACAUGAAGGAGUUCAAAGGUCGUUUUAGAUCUGAUGACAACCUGGUCUUCUGCAGUCACAGCUGUUGUCUUCUCUAUUGCUCGUCAUCACCGCUGCAAUCCAAACCUUCAGCAGAAACAAAGGAAUCCAUGGCCCUUCUCCAGGCGGCUGAGCAAACAGAGAACCUUUGUAAGACUCAACACCCAUACAAUAACAACAUGUCCUCCAUGGGUGUCCACUGCCUGGCCCAGCUUCAGCCCAAACAGUCUCCCCCGUCCACCCCUCCCAUCCCGUUCCCUAUAGCGGGUGAGGCGCCCAAGACCGAGGCCAAAUCUGAUGCCCUCAAAGUCACGGUGAAGCUGAAGUCUCGGCCAAGGUCCCAUGAUGGUUGGCACCAGGGAAAGAGACAGAAAGGACUCCGCUGGAGGAAGUGGACCAUUCAGGUGAUGAUGCCAAGAGCAAAUUCCCAGCUUCCAGGAGAAGAUGAAAUUGACGAGCUGUUGAAGAAACUUGGUGCGUCGCUGCGCCCUCCACCGCUGCUUAGAGACAAGAGGCGCUGCAGUUUCUGCCACCAGUUUGGAGACGGGGUCACAGAUGGUCCUGCUAGGCUGCUAAAUCUGGACCUUGAUGCAUGGGUUCAUCUAAACUGCGCUCUGUGGUCAACUGAAGUGUACGAGACUCAAGCAGGCGCCCUCAUCAACGUGGAGCUGGCGCUGCGUCGUGGUCAAACGAUACGCUGUGCCUAUUGUCAGCAGACCGGCGCCACCAGCGGCUGCCACCGCCUGCGCUGUACCAACAUCUACCAUUUCACCUGUGCUCUGCAAGCACAGUGCACCUUCUUCAAGGACAAAACCAUGCUGUGUCAUGCCCACCGGCCUCGAGGGACAGCGGGGCACGUGUUGGAGCACGAGCUGCGUUGCUUCGCCGUGUUCCGGCGCGUCUAUGUUCAAAGAGAUGAAGUGCGUCAGAUUGCCACUGCAGUGCAGCAGUCUGAGUUGGGUUAUACAUUCCGGGUGGGAAGCCUGGUGUUGCAUGCAAUCGGCCAGCUAACUCCAGAACAAAUGCUAGCCUUCCAUUCGCCAUCUGCCAUCUUUCCAGUCGGCUACGAGGCCUGUCGCAUUUACUGGAGCAUGCGCCACGUCAGCCACCGUUGUCGCUACGUCUGUUCUGUUGAAGAUGGAGACGGGCUUCCAGAGUUCACCAUCAGAGUCAUUGAACAGGGCUACCAAGACCUGGUUCUGACAGACACCUCUCCUAAAGGAGUGUGGGAUAAGGUUUUAGGCCCAGUUGCUGAGAAAAGAGCCGAAACGGCCACUUUGAGGCUCUUUCCUGUGUAUCUGAAAGGAGAGGAUCUGUUCGGGCUCACAGUCCCUGCUGUCACCAAGAUCACUGAAUCGCUCCCAGGUGUGGAGGCCUGCGACAGGUACUCGUUCCGUUAUGGACGUAACCCUCUGGUGGAGCUUCCCCUCAUGUUCAAUCCAGCUGGUUGUGCUCGAGCAGAGCCAAGAACUAACUCUUCCUGCACCUCACUGGUCAUAAGACCUCAGCCUCAGGUGGUGUCCGGCAGCAGUGCUAGGUCUAACCAGAAUGUGGCUCCAGGAGAAGGAAGCGUUCCUCACAACAAGCCUCCCGUCGUCCACCCCAGGUCCUCCCAGUACCGCUGGAUGAAGAGCGAGUGGAGAGGAAAUGUCUACCUGGGCCGCUCCCGUAUCCAGGGCUUGGGGCUGUUUGCUGCCAGAGACCUUGAAAAGCAAACCAUGGCGAUUGAGUACAUCGGAACGGUCCUCCGAAAUGAGGUUGCCAUCAGAAAGGAGAAGAUUUAUAGAGCUCAGAACCGAGAGGUGUUCAUGUUCCGCAUCGACAGCGAGCAUGUCGUCGACGCCACUCAGAGUGGAGGGCUUGCAAGAUAUAUCAAUCACUCUUGUGCUCCUAACUGCGUUGCCGAGGUGGUAACAUUUGAACGAGGUUACAAAAUCAUCAUCAGCUGCAUUCGAAGAGUUGAGAAAAGAGAGGAGCUGUGUUUUGACUAUCAGUUUGACACCGCCGAGGGUCAGCACAAGAUCGCUUGCCAUUGCAAAGCUGCAGAGUGCAGGAAGUGGAUUAACUGAGCUAAACAAGAAACCUAAAAGCAUUCCUUCAUUGGAGCGAAGACGGGAAAAUGAACAGACUUCACAACUGGAGUCUUUUUAAGAAAUCACCUUUUGCAGAGUCGCUGCAUUUACUGGUUGGUUUAUCAAGAUCAUGAGAUGAAAAGGGAUGGAAGUUUUAACACCGUAGCAGGAUGUGACUUGUGCCAUAUGGGGGUGCGGUUUACGCACCGCCUCCCGCCGUCUGUAUGUAUCUGCGUGUUUGUUUGGUGUACAUGGGGUGCAGAAUCCACCAGCGAAUGAGAAAGCACUGUGCAGGGUGCGGCCUUAUUGCUUCCUAAGGGCAGGCCCUUUUGUUAUAUACUAAUGUAUACCGCUUGACUAAAUGUAGACAUCACUGAAUGAGGAAUGUACAGCAAUGAAAUACCGUGAAGGGAAUAUUAACUUGCACUAAAAAAAACCACAGAAAAACACAAAAAAAAACCACACGAAAACUUUUAAAUACUUGAUUCCAUGAGUCAGUUUUAUCCUAGGUCUCUGUCAUGUGAUUUGUGUGGAAUUGGAGAGCUUUUGUAUUUAUUACUGAGUGAAUGAAUUUUAUUCUUUAAAAUGACGAGAUUGAGUUAAAAGAAGGCUCUUGUUUUUGAAGAUGGAAGAAGAAUUGCUGUUACUUUUGUAUAAAUGUACAUAAAGAAAACUAUAGGAAUAACUGACCAAAUACUACCUUAACCUUCUUGAUGUUUUUGGUGUUUUUAAAACAGUUUUUUUUUGUUUUUAUUUGUCAUUGAAAUUUAUUUAAGAUGGACGUUAUUUCAGUUUUUGAGAGUAUAUAUUAUGAUUAUCCUGUACAGAAUUUGUAAUAUAACCACAAUAAUUCACACAAAGUAUUUUUGUUGUAUUAAAAGUAAGGUAUUGUAGCGUAGUGUUUUUUGUGACUGACACAUACUCUGACCACUCAAAUGAACUAUUUUUGUUGACUAACAACGGUUACAGAAUACGACUAAAAAGGACUCUUAGAUGCUGAGAGGUCUGCGUGCUGUUCUUCAGGUUUGAUUUUAAAGAACUGUGAAUUAGAUUUUGAAACCCAAAAACAAACUUUUUAAACUUUGUAUUUUAAACAAGAACAGCAACCUGUUUUGUUUUUGUUUUCCACAUUUAUUUUUCACAAAAAAGGUGCAAAACAUCUAAUUAUGUACUAGAUGAACCCGUGUGCGACAGAAAGAAUUGUAUGUGAAACUGUAGGUGGUUCAGAAAUGGCAUUCUGCUUAAUCAAAAAUAUUUCCUAUACUGACACUUCACAAGUCACGUUGCUUAGAAACUCCAGAGUUUUUGCGUGCACAAUUUCAAGUGGACUGUAACAUUUUGCAGACAGUCUUAGAACUUGUAAUGUAUAUGGCAUGUAUUUUUUUAAACUUUCCGAAGACUCAAUUGUAUAUAUUUUCUCAAUGAAUGGUUGUAACAAAAUUGUUUCUUGGAUAUUUUUCUUCUCUUGUACGAUACAUCUUCCUGCCAGUGUGUUUGUGCUACAUUUUCUUGGUCGUGUAAAGUAGUCGGAUUACUUUUCUUGUAUUCCUUCUCCCUGUUUUUUUUUCUGUUUAUUUUUGAAAAUGCCUUUUGAAAUGUACAGAGUAUGAGGUUUGGAGUUUGUGGAGUUGAAUUUAGAAACAUUUACAAAAAUAAACUAUUUUACAUGUUA